UUGCCUUAUGUAGAUAUGAAAGUUCUUGAAAUUAAGGACAAGGCAAGAAAAUUGAACAUGGAGCCCCUAAGAAGUAAUCUUUCCAAAUAUUAUAUCCUGAGCCAGUCAGAGGUGUGUAAAGGGAAGAGCAUAUUUUUGCUCUCUCUUAUCUUCAGUAGCCCAGGAAAUGGAACAAGGAGGGACCUCAUCAGGAAAACCUGGGGUAACGUGACCAGUGUCCGAGGGCACCCCAUUCUCACACUGUUUGCUUUGGGAAUGCCUGUUUUGGUAGCUACUCAGCAAGAGAUAGAUGAAGAGUCGCAAAAGAAUAAUGAUAUAAUUGAAGGAAUCUUCUUGGACAGUGCUGAGAACCAAACUCUGAAGAUUAUCACCAUGAUGCAGUGGGCUGUGACUUUCUGCCCUAACGCCUUGUUCAUUCUCAAGGCUGAUGAAGAGAUGUUUGUGAAUCUACCAAGCUUGGUAGACUAUCUUCUCAAUCUGAAAGAACACCUUGACGAUAUCUAUGUAGGAAGAGUUAUCCACCAGGAUACACCCAACAGAGACUCUAAGAGCCAAGAAUUUGUCUCUUUCAGUGAGUACCCAGAAAAGUACUACCCAGAUUACUGCAGUGGUGAGGCCUUUGUUAUGCCCCAAGAUGUGGCUCGGAUGAUGUAUGUAGUUUUCAAAGAAGUACCCAUUAUGGUGCCUGCUGAUGUGUUUGUAGGAAUUUGUGCUAAGGCCAUUGGCCUUAUACCCAUCCACAGUUCCAGGUUUUCUGGGAAAAGGCACAUCAGAUACAACAGAUGUUGCUAUAAGUUCAUUUUCACAUCCUCAGAAACAACAGAUGCUGAAAUGCCCCUGGCAUGGAAGGAAAUUAACAGUGGGAAAGAAUGUACACUAUUUGAAACCUACUACAGGCUCAUUUCCUGCAAAAUUCUAACAUACCUUGACAGCUUUAAACGUUUUCACAUGGGUACCGUAAAAAGUAAUGUCGUGUAUUAUGGUGAUUAG